UUGCCUCCCUCCGUCCUUGCAGCGGCUGCGGCGGAUCAUGCUGGCCCUUCCCGGCCUCCGCCUCCUGGCUCGCGCUUGUUGGUGGCGGGCAAACCGGCAGACGGCUCUAGCUGCCCGGGCUCUCUGCGUCGCCGCCCAGGACGGGCCGGCUGGGUCAGGACAGCAGCAGCAGCGGCCGCCCUUGUCGCCCGCCCUGCUGGACAUCCUGGUGUGCCCUUUGUCCAAGAAGCCGCUCAGGUAUGAAGAAUCCACCAACGAAUUAAUUAACGAAGAGCUGGGCAUUGCCUAUCCCAUUAUUGAUGGCAUUCCUAAUAUGAUACCACAGGCAGCAAGGAUGAUUGCCAAGGAGAACCGAGAAAAGGAACCCGAACAGACCUAG